AUGAUGAGAAUAGAGAAUGAAGAUAAUGGGAAAGACAUGAAAGGUGUAAUGGUUAGAAAGAAGGUUUCGGAAGGAGCGGGAUUAUACAAGUUGUCCUCGUUAGUUCGGAGGGUAAGAAUGAACGGUGAGUAUGAGGAUGAUGAGAUGGUGGUGCGGGUAUACUAA